AUGACAUAUGUUCAUGUAGGAAAGACGCCUGUUCCGCGAUGUAUCGUACCAAGUUUCUCCAAUGAGGUCUUCUAUCCUGGAAGCGCCCCUGCUGGUGUUACUCCACAGCACUUCACAACAUUGAAUGUUUAUCAACAAUGGCUGCAAAUUUUUGGUUCAGAUGUUCCUCUUCCUGAAGAUGAGCGAAACCUGCCAGGUUAUCCUCAAAGUAACCUGUACACGGUAACUGGUGAAGAGGGUCCCCGGUAUCGCUAUUGCAGCAAGGAAAGAGUUUGGAAGCCCAGGUACUAUUUUCCCAUAAGCAAUGGCAGGAUUCUAUCUACAUGCUCUCAUUGUAGAGGAUCCGAUUUUAGAAAGGCAGCUAAACGACGGGGAGAACCACUGGAGAACAGGAACGAAGACAUAUCCCAAGGAAUACAGCCAAAUCAGAAUGCGGAAGCGCAGUAUUCGCGGCCAAGUAUGCCCAUAGUCGAUACAGACAAGCGAAAAUACAGUGUCGCCAAUUUGCCUCUGAUGCCGAAGGCUAAAUCAUACACUGCCAAGCCUGUACCGAAAUAUCCUAUGCCCGCAUCAGUAGUCGCUACAACGGCUCUAGGCCCGUCUGAGGAGACCAUAUCAAGGCUUAAGCAACUCAAAGAAAUGCAGUUCGAGGCAGAGAGGCUUCAAUCCCGUCAUUUUGGUCAUGAGAGAGUCAAGAAGCUAUACGAAGGGAAUCUAGAGAAAUUGACGGUGGCAAAGGAUCGUGUCAGUGAAGAGAGUGAGGACAACAGAGGCAAGAGAUUGGCCGAGGCAGCGAGGCUCCAAGACCGCAUAUCCAAAGAGGAUAACAUCCUCAAUGAAACCCGAAGUGAGCUGGAAGAUGUCAAUCUCGCGAUUGAUCUUAUAACCGAAAUGAACAAAGACGAUAUUGGCUACCAAAACAACAAUGAAGACACGGUUCUUCCCAGUAUCGAGGAGGAAUGGAAUAUCGCACCAUCCAAUACCCAUGAGAACUUUGAUAACACAAGCGAAGCAGGCGUUGAAUUUGCGGGUCAGACCAACGAUGUAUUCCGCUUCUCACCAACGCCGCAUGGCUAUCUUCCACUUGAUGAAGAUGGUCAUGUACUCAGCAAUAAUGAUCCAUUUGAGCAAGAUCCUAAAGUCGCUAGCGGAUCAGACGAUACGGUCGAAGAAGAUUCUGGAGACGGAACGAGAGAUGUCGAUAUGAACUCGCCAUUUCAAACCCUGGCUGGGGUAAGCGCUGAUGUUCCCCGUGCUGAUUCCUCCAUACCUUCUCAAGAUCAAGACACCAUUGAUGCACACUUUCAACAGCUUUCAAACUUCCAAACAAAGAGUCCUCAACCUCAAGAGGAAGUCGACCUUAAUCGAUUCCGAGCGCUGUCAGUCUCCAAAGAGGUCCAAGAUCGACAUGCUCAAUCUUACCAAGCUCAAUCUCGUCAGACUUCUCCUCGCCAACGAUUUCAACUCCAUACUCGCACACCAUCGACAUCUAGAGACCCCGAUCUUCAUUGGCCAUACCAAGCUUCAGGUCACAAUCCGAGUUAUUCACAAUCCCAGAAAGCUACGAAUACUGCCGCACAACGUUCAUCGUUAACCGUACACACCCCCGACUCAAAACCAAACCACUUCAAAAAUCCCAAUCCUACCGCAGUUUUUCGGUUUGGACAGUCUACUCUGGGAGAUUCCGGGCAUUAUGAUGCCAAGAUAGAGGAAGGUAUUAGGGGAUAUCAGAGUUUAGCCUCACAGCAAACACGAGAAACUGCUCAACAAGUGCAACAACAGCAAGGACAACAACUUCAACAAUAUGCAACAACGAAAGUCGGUCAGUCGGCACAAAAGGCAAAAAAUAAUUACGAUCAAAUAGCUCAACAGGUGAAGCCGGCUCAAGAGACUCGAGAGUCACAAGAAGCUCACGAUGAACUGGCUCAAGAUCAAUUGACCGAAGAUCAACCAGCUCAAAAUGCAAGAAACUUUUACGAGCAACAUACUUACGAGAAAGGAAUUUACGACCAACAAGCUCAACAGAAUGAAACCACGCGGAAGGCGAGUGUAGCUCACGACCAAGCAGCCCAAGAGCAGUCAGCUCAAGAACAACCAGCACAAACGACUGGACUUUUCCAACUAGCGAAGCAAGCUUGUGGCCGACUCGCUCAGGAUCAAUUGAUCCAAAAGCAACGUGCUGAAAGGACAAGAGACGUAUACGACAAACAAGCUUCCGAGAUACGAGCUCGACAAAACGAGCUGACUCCCAGGACGAAUGUAGCACACGACCAACUGGAUCAAGACCAAAUGGACUUGGACCAAUUAGCUGAACACCAACUAGCCCAAAAGGCAAGAGAUGCAAGAGACGUCUACGACGAACUAGCUUACGAGAUACGAGAUCAAAAGAAUGUACUAGUGGAACACAUUUAUCACGCUCACGAUCAACUCUCCCAACUAUCUCAGCAAACCCAGCUCACUCUGCAAGAUCAAGAAGAAAUCAGAGCUCAGAAAGCAGAAUACCAAGCAAGAAUACAAAGACAAACCUUCCAAUCUCUCCCGAACUUCUAUUCCCUUUCCAUCCGCGAAUCAGCCCAACCAAACCAAACCGCCCAGCCCCUCAAACGACGCGCAGAAGAACCUCCAGAAUUGCCAAACCAACACCAACCCGAAUACUCCAUUCGACGAUCCAAGCGAGCUAGACACCGAGCAGAGACAGAAGCUGAGAUGCGGGAACGAGAAGAUUUGCGCGCACAGCGAAUACAGCGAAGAGCGGAGAUAUGGGAGUUGCAGCAGAUAGAGAAAGCUACUAAGCUUUCGCUUGAGAAUGUGCGGAGAUUUGAGAAGGGGUGA